GUUUCACGUUGGACUGUGCGAUUUAUGCAACUUUAGAGUUAAUAUACAUAAAUUAAAUUAAUAUUAUUGAUUAAAUACCUUUAUUUUGUUUCACCCCUUCGAUAUGGAUGACGGGACUGUAAGUGAGAAUGAAGGGAACCGUACUUCGGGAAGAAGAAGUCAAUCAUCUGAAGAAAUGCAAAAUCUGGAACUAGAUGCUGAAGACUUCGAUAUUACCCUUGCGGCAUCACAUUCAUAUCUGAGCCAAGAUCUUGUUGCAAUCACUGGAAGACCUGACCUGGAGCCUGGAUGGACAGGAACAAUUCCAGUUAUGGCACACCAUGGAGCAGUAUUUCCUGGAGAAACCGUACCAAUGCUACUCACAGAUACACAAGAUGUUUUAAUCAUAUCGCAUGCAUUGGAUAAUGAUAAAAUCUUUGGAUUGCUUUGUCCUGAUGAGACAUGUACAUACAUUUCUGGGUAUGGCGUGCUAUGUGAAGUAAUUGAAGCAAGCAAUUCCAAUGAUGCACCACAAACAUUGUCAUUUCGAUCUCAAGCAAGUCAUAGAUUUAGGUUCAAAGUAAUGCCAAAGAUGUCAAAACCUAUACAUUUGUAUAAUAGAAUGAAGUUGGUAGAAAUACUAAUAUUACCGGAAGUGCAACUUGGGGAUCCCUUACAGCAAGUGCGCCUUCCCAGCCUCGAUAAUUGGAGACGAGAACGAACUAUGUUGGCAGAUAAUCGGUUUCGUAUUAUAGACUCGGCGAUGACAACAUGGCCACAUUUUGUCUAUGACAUAUUCGAUUUUCAUCGAAUGAAACAGACUAUUAAAGAAUAUUUUAGGAAUAUUGUUAAAACAUCAAUACCAGAAGAGCCGGUAUCUUUAUCUUUCUGGACUGCAUCGAAUCUGACACUCACACCGAGGGACAGACUGGCGCUGUUCAUGGUAGACGAUGCGUUGCUAAGGCUGCAUAUGGAGGUCAGGCUUAUUGGAUUGAACAGUGUCCUGUGUUGUGUGUCUUGUUCGACGGAAAUCGCACGAAGAGAGAAUAUGUUCGCUAUGUCCACUGAGGGCGUGCAUUCAAAUUAUAUUAACUUGGGUGGAUAUAUGCACGACUUGGUGACCGUCACCCAAACCCAAAAUAUACAAUUGAGUGGCCCGGCUUCGGCCGAGUUUUCCUGGUUUCCAGGGUAUGCUUGGAGUAUAGCGCUCUGCGUUUGUUGUAUGGCGCAUGUUGGUUGGAGGUUCGAUGCCCUAAAGCGCGCAGUACGCCCAUCACAGUUCUUCGGCCUUUGCCGCAAUAACGUCGUACCACGACCUGCCCCCACUCCCCCACUUCUAACAUCAACCCCACCCCCUGCCAAUCUACCCUCAGACGGAUCAGUAUCACAACCUUUAUAAAACAUCUACCCUCAAAAAAAUAACGAUCUACCCUCAUA